AUGCGUUUCGUGAAUGGUGACGGAACAACGGCCCUACACGCAAACACCAACACGGAGCUUAAAAGCUAUGAAAUUUGCAUUGAUCUCCCACCAAGUGCCGAGAGCCCAUCCAGUGUUCCUUCUAGUGUCCCCAGCGCGUCACCCACAGGCUUUGGAACCCUAAACUUUGGAUCGACACCCCUUCGACAAGAUCCAAAUCUAGUCUUCACCAGUUCAGAAGCCACGAUGGAGGCAUGGUACAAACUCUAUUUGCUUACCGGCACCAGCUCUGGCAAUGACAACAGAGCCACUGUCGCCAUUAUUCAAGAUAGUUCGAAUGACUACUUUGUCAUGAUUGCUUACAAUGGGAGGAACCUGCCCAGUGGCGCGGCAGGUACCGCCGAUGUGGAUGUAACGACGAAUAGUGGAUCCCUGAGUGUCAGUUAUUCCCAGAACUCGGGAGAGGCCACAGUAAUCAACAGUCAACUUGUGGAAGGACGUUAUGGUUGGAAUUUUGACUCACAGGAUGGCUUGGUGGUCCAGGCAGCUUCUGGUGCCACAGUGUGUUUUGAUCACAUUGCAUCAUCGUUGGUGGGCAUGAGUUUUGUGCAAGGCGACAACACGGUUAUCGAAAUUGCGUCAUCCAACCAAGAGGUGGUGAAUAAUGUGUUUUGUGUUGUCGUUCCUUUUUAA